CCGAGCAGCCCUGAACGCACCAUAGUUUAGCUGUGCGGAAGUAGUCACGAGUGGAAUGAAAUGAGCGAAUUUUCAAUUCAGGAAACUUUUUGAAGACUCAUUUCGCAAGAGUUUUGCCAACACGAAACAACAGAGAGAAGCCAUGACCAACAUUCAGAUCCGGAAGUAUCGGGACGACGACGCUGAAGCCGUGAAGGAGAUCUUCACGCUGGGGAUGAGCGAGCACGUUCCUUCCUCCUUCACGCACAUGCUCAAACAGCCGCCCACCCAGAUGCUUCUCAUGUGCACCUUCUGCGCCCUCAUGGCCAGCUCCAAGUCCUUCCUGCUCCCCAUCCUGGCCAUCACCCUCCUCCUGGCCGGAAUGCGGCAGGUGGUUGUUUACAUGUUCAACAAAUACAUCGACACAACCCUCAGGAAGGACCUCGACCGCAUCAGCGAGGCCUACCUGCAGCAGAAGGACUCGUGUUUCUGGGUGGCGGAAAUCGACGGCCGGGUGGUCGGCACCGUGUCUUGCACUACCAAUGAGAAGGCGCCCGCGUGCUUGGAGCUGAAGCGCAUGGCGGUGCGUCGCAGUUACCGCGGGAUGGGCAUCGCCAAGGUCCUGUGUCGAACUGUGGCUGAUUUCACGCGUGACCGGGGCUACGCUGCCGUCGUCCUGUACACCUCAGUGGUGCAGACGGACGCUCAGAAGCUGUACGAGCACAUGGGCUACCAGAAGAUAAGGGAGUUUGUCGUUCCAGAGCUUCUCGCCAAAGUCAUGAACUUUACGCUGUUUGAGUACAGACUUGAUUUACAGAGAGAUGGUAAAAGAGACUAAAACGAGCAUAAACAAAGUGUAAUAUUUCAGGGUGACGGUUUCUAUACUCGGGUCAGCUGACAACACCAGCAUUAGGUGAACUAUUUACUCAAAACACACUUGCAGUACUGAAACAGGCAUGUUUUUCUGCGUGACAAACACGAGACUGCUUAACAAUGUGUUAUUGCUUCCUAAACAAACCUUUAUUCAGAUAGUUGUUUACACGUAAUAUUACUGUAGAAAAAUCUGCUUUGUUAAAGGUUUUGUGUUGACUGAGUUGCUUGAAAGUCAUUUUUUGUAAAGGAUUUCAUUUCUACAUGAUACUUGAAAUAUAUGAACCUAAACGCUCCCAGAA